AUGCUUUCAACGGACCGCCAUCAAGGGCGACGGCGUGGAUGCGCAUCCUUGACGAUGGCGUUGUUGGUGCUGCACCUGAUGUGUGCACCGCGGCUCGCCUCGGCGUGCAACUCCAUGGACUGCUACACGCCAUCGCAGCAGACAAACACGCUUCAGUUUCUCAACUUGAUUCGGACAGCCUUUACGUUGGACCUCGGCUCGCAAGAUGACUUUUGUGAAUGGCGCGGUGUGACCUGCGGGGAGCAAGGCGUAGAUGUCGUGUUGACGCACGACAAGCUCCGCGACACGCUGCCGCAGCUUCGCAGCGACAUCGACGCCUCUGAAGUGAUGCUACGCCUGGUCGACUUCUCGUCCAAUACGUACCUGGUGGGGGCGCUGCCGAUGAGCUGGGCUACGGUGACGCAGCUUCAAGUCGUGUAUCUGCGCAGCACCGGCAUCACAGGGUCGGUGCCAGCGGACUGGUCUGCUCUGGCGUUGUUGAUGGACUUUGAUAUCUCCAACACAUCGAUGUCGGGCACCCUCCCACCCGAGUGGAGCUCCUUGACUCGCCUGCAGGCGUUUAACGGGAGCAGCACGCGGCUGAGCGGCACGCUCCCGUCGACGUGGAAAGCCAUGAAGUUGAUGGCGAAGUUCGACGUAUCGCGCACAGGCGUUAACGGAAAGCUCCCACCGGAGUGGGCGGCCAUGACCCGUAUGACACGUGUCUCGCUGACCUCGACGGGCGUUGCGGGCUCGCUGCCGACACUGUGGGGACUCAUGACGAUGCUGGCGCACUUCGAUGCCUCACACACCCUCGUAAGCGGUACCGUGCCGUUGGCGUGGUUCUCCAUGCCCAAGUUACAAACGUUCAACGUGUCGCACACGCACCUGAGCGGCGUGCUUCCGGCCUUGCUGUUGCUUUUGCCAAGCAUAACGCACCUGGAUAUGUCCCACACGGACGUCUCUGGUGGUCUCACGUGGCUGUGGCGCAACAUGAAGUCGCUGAUCAGCCUCCGAAUUCAGAACACCGGCAUUGGUGGCAGUCUGCCAUAUCAGUGGUCGACGAUGACCGCCUUGACAGACUUCAACGCCUCCUCUACUGCCAUCACGGGAACGCUGCCCUCGGUGUGGCGCAGCAUGAGUCAGAUGACCAGCUUCGAUGUCUCGAACACCGACAUCGCUGGUUCACUCCCUGCCGAAUGGAGUGCCAUGACGGCCUUGGAAGUGUUGAAGGUAUCCAGCACCGGCAUCAGCGGCACGAUUCCUGAUGUCUGGUCCGGCCUGAGGUCUUUGCGGGUGAUCGACGUAUCCAACACGUCGAUCAGCGGGACUCUUUCCGAUGCCUGGGGCGCCAUGUCGAACAUGACGUGCGUGAACGUGGCGCACACGAAUAUCUCGGGCGGGCUUCCUGUGGCGUGGGCUUCGCUGACGUCGUUGGCAAACUUUCACGCAUCCGGGUCCGCCGUCCGCGGCACUCUCCCACCGGAGUGGGCCGCCCUCACCUCGCUGUCCAGCUUCAACGUGUCGAACACCUCCAUCUCGGGCACCCUGCCUUCUCCGUGGAGCUCGUUGACGAAGAUGCAGAUGCUUGACGUGACCGACACCUCGGUGAACGGGACGCUGCCCUCUUCAUGGAGUGCCCUGACGAGCAUGACUUGUUUCGCCGCCUCUAGAACGAGCAUGUCUGGACGCCUUCCGCCAUCCUGGGUUGCGAUGACGCUGCUUCGGCAGUUUGCCGCAGACGGCACGAACAUCAGCGGCGCGCUCCCACAGCGGUGGGCGGGGCUGUCUAACUUAGCACGCUUUAGCAUCUCUGACAGCCGCGUGAGGGGCUACCUGCCGAAGUUGUGGGGCUCCAUGACGUCCAUGGGUCACUUCAACGUGUCAGGGACGGACCUGGAUGGCAGCCUGCCGCGCUCCUGGAGUACGAUGACCUCCCUCGCCACCUUCUCGGUUGCCCAGACAAGAAUUGGUGGCACGCUGCCGCCGGAGUGGUCCACCAUGCGAGAGUUGCAGGUCUUCGACGUCUCUGGCACACCGAUCGCGGGCACGAUCCCCGACACGUGGGGCACGCUGAGACCACUGAAGGAGGUUCAUCUUGACGGCACGGGAGUGACGUGUUGUCUGCCCUACGAGUGGCUGUGCAGCAAGAGCUUCACGCCGAGCAGCGUUGGUUUGACGGCGAAGGCGUCGGAUGCGUGUACGGCAGCCAUGGAGGUGUGCCGGGCUUCCUCGGACACGUACACCACCGGGUGCGCCGCCUACACCCCUCCCAAGUCUACUCGGUCGUCGUCUUCAGGUUUUCCGGUAUGGGCCGUUAUCGUGAUUGUGCUGGGCGGCGCUGCUGUUCUCUUUGUGCCGCUGACCUUCUUGUGGUGCUGGCUCAUGCACGGGGGCCGCAAUUGGCAAGAUAAUCUUUCCUCCGUCGACUCACGCGCAUCGCAGGAGCUGGACGAGGACCACGACGCGGAUGGGACGCUGUCUGAAGCGGCGGCGACCUCCACUGGCUCGGACGAUUGCGCCGGCGUGCCGCCCGCCCCCCCCCCCCCCAACGCGAGCCCGCUUACGUCUUCUUAA